GUUUUCAUUUUUCAAAAUAUAUUCCACUCCAAAUAACUCUCAUGAUUGUGCUUUUCUUUUGAAUUCUUCAAUUUUUACAUUCCGUUUCGUUACGUUUUUUACUGUAGUUUCGUCGUCUGAAGGUCUUGCUUUUUUAUUUCAAGGUUGACGCCAUCUUAUCAUAAUGACCCAACUAUUGAAUAAUGAGGCAGCAAUUGAUGAAUCAGAAGAUGAGCCUUCCGGAGAAGAAAGUGAAGUUGAGGAAAACUCGGAAGAGGCUUCCGCAUCAACACAAGAAGGGAAGCGUAAAUUUAGUCAGGUCUCUGAUGAAGGAGAGGUUCCAGAUUCUAGCAAGAAACCAAAAACAGAAACAGAAGCGCCUAAAAGAAUCAGACCCCCAACUGCAGCAGAGUUAAAUCGUCUUAGAGAAACGGAGAAUUUGUUUCACUCCAAUUUAUUCCGUCUUCAAAUUGAAGAAACUCUGAAAGAAUCUAAGCCAAAAGAUGCUGUUCUAGACAAAACGAAAUCUUGGUUGAAGCAGUUAAAAACUAUUCUUUGGAAUAUUGAGGAAACAGACCCAACAAAGGUGUCAGAGUUGAGCUGGUUGAAGGAAAAGAAGAUCAGACCGCCAAUCAAACUGAAUGCUGUUGAACUUGAAGAAGAAUUUGCGUUCAAGAAGCCCAGUAAAAUAGAAGUAGUUGGGUCGUACAGUCUGGGUUACUUCUUAGGAUCAACUAUAGCCAUUGAUUUAGCGGUUCAAAUUCCACAGAUUAUUUUUGGCAAGAAAGACCAUCAAAAUGAGAGGUAUCAUCGUAAGAGAAGCCUUUACCUUUGUCAUAUUGCUAAUGCCCUUUUGUCCAAUUCAACCAUCGUCAAUGAAGACAUGCAUUUUACGCUCCAAAAUUAUAACUUUACAAAGCCAGUUCUAGUGGUAAAACCAUGCGGUAGUCUCGGCAACAAGAUCACUGUUUAUAUUCACUGUGUUGUUAGUAUGAGUAUGUGCAAACCAACAAAAUUGGCACCCAACAGGAACAAUGUCAAAUCCUCAUGGUUCUUGGAUAAAGAAGUAAAUGAAGAAAAUGAACCAGCAACCCCAUUUUACAAUUCAAGUAUUUUAGAAGAUAUGGUUACUCUCAGCAAUGAAAUUCUCAGAAAAAAGAUAUUUACAGAGAACCCAAAAUUCAAGGAUGCAAUGAGUCUGCUGAAGAUCUGGUUGAGACAACGGAAACUUAAUGAGGGAGUUGGUUCGUUCAGCAAUUACAUGAUGUCAAUGUUUCUAGUCUAUCUCUUUCAAAUUCGAAGACUUAAUAAAUUUAUGAGCAGUUACCAAAUUCUGCGUAAUGUGUGGAUUGUUUUAAGUCAAGCAAAUUGGACAACUGAGGGUAUUUCUUUGCAACCUGCCGUGAAGAGUGAACCAGAAGGGCCUUCAGUACCUAGUAUUUCUGAUUUUCAUGCAGCAUUUGAAGUUGUAUUUAUUGAUUUAACUGGAUUACACAACAUUUGCUCAAGUUUAAGCAAGACUGUUUAUUUAAAGGUCAAAUGUGAAAGUGCCUUAGCUUUGGAAACUUUAGACAACUCCAGCGUAAACAGUUUUCAAUCAUUAUUUAUGGUUCCCAUUUCAUUCUUGCAACACUAUGACAAUGUGAUUCAUUUUCGAGAUUUGUCUUUUAUGAGAAGUGUAAUACGUAAGCACAGUCCUCAAGAGAAACAGCUUGACAGCACCAAAAAUGUUAUAAGACAGUUCACGUCUCUCAUCAUUUCACUCGUAGAGAAUGGUCUCGGUGAUCGUGUCUCUCAAAUCGGCAUUCAAACUCAUCCUGCACCUCUGAAGUGGUCGAUCAAAUCCAAACCAUCCUCCAUCCAAGAUUCUAUCUCUGUUUUAGUUGGUCUGAUGUUGAAUUCAGAGACAGCAUUCAGUGUUUUGCAAAAAGGUCCUGAUGCUAAUGUACCAGAGGCCAAGGGUUUCCGACAAUUUUGGGGAAGCAAAUCAGAGCUGCGGCGGUUCCGUGAUGGUACGGUUUGCGAAGCAACUAUCUGGGCUGAAGACAAUGCUCCUCUGAAAGAAAAACGGAUUACCACUCAGCACAUGCUCACCUACCUGCUGGACUUCAAAUUGAAUCUGAAGAUGCCUCAGUAUCAGUAUGUUAGCAAUCAAACAGAAAACUUUCUCGAUAAUAAUCAGUUUAUUCCACAUGGUUUCAAGUAUGGAACUGGGGAAGAAGCUUGUCUGCAGGUAAUGAGCGCCUUUGAUCAGUUAGGGAAGCAAUUGCGAAGCUUAAAGAACCUACCGCUAGAUAUCAGUACUCUGGUCGGCACUUCUCCGGUGUUCCGCUAUGCAGACGUUUUCCCUCCAUUGGCUCAGACUUUAUCGCCCAACCCUGCUGUCACAACUGUCAACGAGGGUUGUGUUAUUUUCAAUGGCUUGGAACUAAACAAGUGCACCAAUUACAUUCCUGCAAUUGAUGGUGUCAUACAUCUUAUUGGAAGUGGAAAAUGGCCAGAUGAUAUUGCAGCCGUGAGGAGAAUCAAAGCAGCAUUUUACGUCAAGUUGGCGGAACUUUUACGAGUGGUUCAUCGGCUGGUCUGUCAGCCAUAUCCAGAAUAUUUGUCUGUCAUUAAGGAUGGCUUUGUUUUCCGGUUGAAAAUCUUCUAUUCAGGUGAAGUAACGUUGCUGAAACGUCGUCGCAAUGAAGAGGACUUGAUUGAAUAUCAUGAUACUGAAGAAUCCUUAGAACUGGAACGCAACCUUGUCCAUCUACCUCAAAUUACUAGUGCUCUGCAUGGAUUGCACUUAAAAUAUCCCUCCUUUGGGCCUGCGUGUGCUCUUGCUAAAAGAUGGCUGAACAGUCAAUUAUUGGAUGAUUUCCAUUUUCCUUCAAUCAUCGCUGAAUUAUUAGUUGCUUCUUCAUACACUUCUCCUCAUCCACACUCACCUGCAUUCAAUCCGCAGACCGUCUUCCUCAGGUUUCUGGCGUUGCUAUCUCAGACUGACUGGAACACAGAGCCCUUGGUCGUCAACUUCAAUUCUGAAAUGCCAGCGAACGUUGUUGUCGAACUAGAGAAGAAAUUCCGUGAAGAGCGUGAUUCGUUUCCACCGCUGGUGAUAUUUACUCCAUACGAUGAAAGUGGUACCGUCUGGAGUAAAGACAGUCCUUCACCAGUAAUCUUCAUCAGAACUGUGAAGCUUGCCUCCCAAGCACUUCAAAAGUUUGAGACAAACCUUUUAAUGAUGGAUGCUUCGCUUGAAGUAGCGGGUCUAUUUGUUCCUCCUCUAGAUGCGUACAAUAUUGUCAUACGUUUAAAAGUGAGCAUGUUACCUCGUCAGUGGUAUGCCAUUGACGCUCCAACAAAUACCUCUAAGCACCAAUUACAGGCUCCUAAUUCCUCAAAACUACCUAUAUCGGAUUUUGAUCCAGCUCAGUGUUUCCUUAAAGAACUUAGGGAAAACUAUGAUGAAUUUGCACUAUUCUUCCAUGACACUUAUGGUGGUAGUGUCAUCGGAGUUCUCCUAAAGCCAACCGUCUUAGAAUCCUGCGAAUUUAAGGCAAAGUUCUUCAAUGGACGAUGUCCCUCUGGAGAUAAGCAAAAUUCUAGCUUGACAUUCAAUGUAGAUGCCUUGAUCGAAGACUUUAAGACAAUAAGUUCAGGCCUCGUAGAAUCUGUAACGUUGCAGAAAUAAGUAAGUUUGAACAAAAAAAAAUUCUUUAUGGGUAAGUCCGUACCAAAGGAAGGUUUUUUUAAGUCAAACGAAUUUCAUUAGAAAUAAAUAAAAAAUGAUCAUAUUUUUUUUAGGAAAUUUUAUUUAUUAAUGUACAAAAUAAGUUAAAACUUCUGUUAAAUAUUUUAAUUGUAAAUGUAUGUACAUACAUUGUAAAUAUCCUUUUAAGUAAUAUUGUUUUGUAGCCAGGGACAAAAGUAAUAAAAAAAAAUUGACCUAA